GUUCUGUUUCUGUUUGUUCUGUGCUGUGGAAAAUAAUUAUAAUCAUAAGAAAAAUACAAAAAUGGCACAAUGGAAUGGCAAUGAAAGUGGAAUAUUGAGAAAAUCUGUGCCAGUAGAAAAUCAUGAAGAGCUGCUGGUGUUCGGAUAUGCCUGCAAAUUAUUUAGGGAUGACGAAAAAGCCUUAUACAUCGACCAGGGUAAACAUCUCAUACCAUGGAUGGGAGAUCCAAGCCUGAAGAUAGAUAGAUAUGAUUGCCGAGGCCAUCUGUCCGAUAUAAAGAAGUAUGAGGCGAGCAGAGAAGGAUAUGAUGCCACAAGAUGGUUGGGGCUCAGUGAUAAGGAGCGACAACUGGAAGAACUUUGUGACAAAGAAAGAUACUAUGCGCUGGAGAUAAAUGAAGAGGAGGAGCAGAUGUAUAAAGAUGAAGAACAGAAACGAAAAUUUACAAACACAAUUGGAUAUAGUUAUGAUGUACCUCCAGAAAAGAAAGAUGAACCUGAGAAACCAAUAGUGUUGGGAGCUGAAGAAAAGGAGGAACAAUAUGUCCCACUACCAAUAUUGGAUGUACCUGUUGAUAUAGAAAUACCAAAGACAGUAAAAGAAAAUACAAGGUUGGAGAAAACUGCAAUGUUUGUUUGCAGUCAAGGACCUCAAAUGGAAAUACUGAUUAAGGCAAAGCAGGCAGACAAUCCUCAGUUCUCAUUUUUAAACCAAGGAGAUCCACUCUACAAAUACUAUAGGCAUGUCUUAUCUGCUUUCAAGAGUAGGAUUUACAAGGGAUAUGAAGCUAUUAUGAAUGAAAAACUAGACACAUCAGCAGAUGAUCAAGACCCAGAUAGCAGUCAUUACUUGCAUCCCAGUUUGCAACCGGCAACCUCACAAGCGGUAGGUCUAACACGAAUUAUACUCGUUAAACUAAACCUGGAUUCUUCUAUUGUAGUCAGCGCGAAAGACUCACAUUUUCCCUAUUGAUAGGCUGUGCAUCAGGAUGGGUUUGAAUAAUAAAAUUGUCUAUGAAAUGUUUGUUUUUUACUUGCCAUGAACUACUAAUGAUCCAUCUUUUCUGUUUACAGGUGUUUCUAUGGAGGGUCUUUAUAGUGUAUUUUUCAGGAACUAUUGCUGAGACUGGCUGACUGUCAGAAGCUUGCUGGAACAACUUCAUCUGUGUUCUACAUCUUUGUCAAUUAUGUGAUUGAAAUACUCAAUUGCAUCACUUUGGUUAUAUACAGGGUGUUCCUUAAUGAUAUGCGAAUAUUUAAGGGUGUGAAUCUACAUGAAAAAUUAAUGUUAGUUUGCUUUAUAGACUAUGGUCCAAAAAUGUUUCCUUAUUCACUCAGGGUGUUGGAGUUUUAGGGAAAAAAUGGAAAUUAAUUAAUAUUUUCAGAACUG